AUGGUUAAAACGCUUGUGCAGCAGCCACGCAGCUUUUGGCAUUUGAUGCGCAUUCCCGUGCGUUUCUAUCGAACUAUAGGCGAGGAUAUCUAUGCGCAUCGCUCGACAAAUGCGCUGCACUCGCUGCUGCUCAAAAUGUAUCUCUAUGCAGGCUUUAUCAACUUCAAUUGGCUUGUUGUGGGCGAGCUGGUGAUGUUCUAUACGUCCUUGCAGGACUUUGAUACAGUGCGUGUGGCCAUUGCAGUGGCGCCCUGCAUUGGCUUCUCGCUGGUGGCGGAUUGCAAGCAGCUGACCAUGGCAUGCAAUAGGCAAAGAUUGAUCAAGCUGCUGGAUGAGCUGGAGGCAAUACAUCCAAAGACGCUGCAGCAGCAACAGUUAUACAAGCUGCCGAGCUUCGAGCGCACUAUGCAGCGCGUUAUUAAUAUUUUUACUUUUCUUUGCUUGGCUUACACUUCAACAUUUUCAUUCUAUCCAGCGAUCAAGGCAACUGUUAAGUAUCAAUUGCUUGGCUACGACACAUUUGAUCGCAACUUUGGCUUUCUCAUUUGGUUUCCCUACAAUGCAACGAACAACAAUUGGAUCUACUGGUUAACAUAUUGGGAAAUUGCGCAUGGCGCUUAUUUGGCUGGCAUUGCCUUUCUAUGCGCCGAUCUGCUGCUGGUUGUAAUCAUAACGCAACUCUGCAUGCAUUUCAAUUAUAUUGCCACUCGCUUGGAGUCCUAUCCGUGUCAUCCAGCUGAAGAUGCGCAAAAUCAAAACUUUCUGCGCUCUAUGAUUGAAUAUCAUAACAAAUGCUUAAGCAUCUGUGAAAACAUCAACGUCAUGUACAGCUUCUCACUGCUGCUCAACUUUCUUAUGGCCUCUAUGCAAAUCUGUUUUAUUGCCUUUCAAGUGAGCGACUCUACAAUUGAAGUUAUCUUGAUAUACUGCAUCUUUCUAAUGACCUCGAUGGUGCAAGUGUUUCUUGUUUGUUACUAUGGCGAUGCUUUAAUUGCUGCGAGCUUGCGUGUUGGCGAUGCGGCUUACAAUCAAAAUUGGUUUCAAUGCAGCAAAGUCUACUGCAGAAUGUUGAGACUUUUGAUAAUGCGCAGUCAAAGGCCGGCGACCAUAAGGCCGCCCACAUUUCCGCCCAUAUCAUUAGUAACAUUUAUGAAAGUAAUCAGCAUGUCGUAUCAGUUUUUUGCUUUGCUACGCACCACUUACUACAGAGAAUAA